CCACAUCAUCAUCGUUUUGAGGAUCUGAAUCCCCUCUGUUCUGCUGUGUACUUUGAAAAAAGAAAAUAAAAAUAAAAAUCUAGGGUUUCAUAAUCUUCCUUAGAAGAAGAUCAAAAAAAUACCUAAUUUGUCGAUUUAACUCUAAAAACCCCAUAACCACAACGAAAUCUGUAUAAGCGUUGUAUUUUUUUUUUAUAAUUUUGUUUGGGGGUUUUGUUGAUUUAGAUCUAUAGAUCUAGUUAGAAUCAAAAUAAUUUAUCCUCUUUGAUUGAAUUGAAAUAGACUGAUGAGCGUAAUUGGAUUUAUUAACCCUAGAGAUUUGAUGGGUAAAGAAGUAGAGGGAGAAGGAGAAGGAGAGAUUUCGAUUGUUGUAGAUGUAGAAGAAGGUGAGAUUUCUGAUGAUGAUAAUCAACAGGAAAUUAAUGAUAACGACGAUAAAGUUGUAGAAGAAGAACUUAUAGUAGUAGAAGAAGAAAAGGUUAAGGAAGAAGAAAAGGCCAAGGAAGAAGAAAAAGAAGAAGCCGUAACAAAACCUGUUAUUAGGGAAGAAUCAAAACGUAUGGUUUGGACAAUGGAAGAUCUAUUCAAGUAUAAUCAAGUUUUUCCAAGGAAUUUCGCAACACCGAUGUAUAAUUAUGCUUGGAAACAAGCUGUUCAAAAUAGACCAUUGAGGAAUGUUGAUGAGGAUAAUAUAAAUGCGGCGGUGGCAGCAACGUCAGUUGUAAUUGAAAUCAGUGAUGAAGGUGUUGUUGUAAAUGAUGUUGAUAGUGAGAAAGAAGAAGGUGAAAUUGAAGAAGGAGAAAUUGGUGAUAAUGAUACAGAGAUGGUUGAGGGAACUGUAGUAGAAUCAAAUCUCAAUGGUAUAUCUAGUAGUACCACUGAUGAUAAUGAGAAUGAGGAGAUUAAAUCAAUUCGACAAGUUAUACAACUCAUUAUAAAUGCAAAAAAUGUCGGAAAACCAUUUGGUGGCGCAUGUGGUGAACUUUGGACGUCUUUGGAUAAAUUGCAGAAGUUUGUUCUGAAUAACGGGACUUCAUCAUCUGUUAACAGUCUCAUUCAGCAGUCUGUUGCUGCGUUACAAGCUGUUAAAUUUGUGUACUGUACUAUGAAUUUUAAAGAACAAACACAAUAUAAAGACGUAUUCUCAAGGUUGCUAGUCCAUGUGAAGACUCAAAAUGCCAGUCUUUUCUCGUCGGAGCAGAUGGAAGAGUUAGAAGACAUCAUACAGUCACUGGAAAAACAAAAAGAGAUACUAGAAAAGAACGGUGCAAAUCAAAAUGAUCAUGAAGCAAAUCCUAGUCUAGGCAUGAAUCGGAUUGAAUCUGGAAUUGUAGGCAAAAACCCUCUCCAAGAGAAGAAUGGUGCAAGUCAAAAUGGUCAUGGAGAAAAUCCUCAUCUUGGAACGAAUCGGAUUGAAAUCGGAAUUGUAGGAGAAAACCCUCCUCAUGUUCUGAAUUCUUCAAAGAAGUCCCUUUUGGAACCAAUAUCUGUUAAGCACAAUGACCAGAGUAAUGUGAAAGUUGGGUCUGGUAUAUUUCAAUCAGGACCUCUAUCCGGUCUCAAGAGUAGAGGGGGCUUUGGUCCAUUGCUAGAUCUUCAUAUGGAUCACGAUGUGGAUGAUCUUCCAUCACCCACGAGGGAUGCCCCAAAGCCUUUCCUGAUACACAAACCACAGGUUCAACAUAGAGAUCAUGGGAUGGAUAGGUUUCCGUCUCCGACGAGGGAGACUCUGAGACCCGUGCAGGCAAACAAACCACAAGCUGUUGAAAGUCGACCAGUUAAGUCAGAUGGAACAGAAAUGCAUCCUUAUGAAACGGAUGCUCAUAAAGCAGUUUCAACCUACCAACAGAAAUUCGGUCAGACUUCACUCCUUCAGAGUACUCUGCUCCCAAGCCCAACACCUUCCGACGAAGGUAAUGAGGAUGAAGAUGAUCUUAAAGGAGAGGUUUCCAGUUCCAGUGUCAGUAAUGGUGGAGCUGUUAAUCCAUCAGUUCCUUUGCAAGCUGCAAGUGUGUAUGCUGCUUUCCAGAAUAAUGGCCCUUGUAGACAGGGAACAGAGAUAAAUCCUGUUGUAGCACAGAAACAGAGCAGAGGGCGAGAUCCAAGGCGGGAUCCGAGGCGUCAAAAUCUUGGCUCCGAAGUUGGUUCUGGGGAUCUCAACCUACGUUCAGCAUAUCUUGAACAUAAUCCACCUACUAGUGGAACCUUAGAAGAAAUUAUUAACACGAGGAAAAACAAAAGUGUUCCCGAGUCUGUACUGGAUGGUCAUACCUUGAAAAGGCAAAGAAAUGGAUUGACAAGAUCCACAGUUUCUGGAACCGGAGGAUGGGGUGAAGACACUAGUGUGCGCCCCCAGCCUACUCUCGCGAACCAAGUGACGGAGUCCAUCGGUAGUAGGGAUCCUAGGAAAUUUGGAAAUGGAGGAUGGGGUGAAGACAGUGUCACGCGCCCCCAACCUACUCUUGCAAAUCAAGUAGGAGAGUCCAUUCGAAGUAGUGAUCCUAGGAAAUUUGGAAAUGGAGAAGUUGUCCUUGGCCAGAGACAGGAUAAUGGUGGUAGGAACUUAACUGCGGGAGCUGGAAAAGAGCAGUUAUCGCUGAUAGGUAAUGGUAAUAUGGGUUCCUUACCUUCACCACUGAAGGAUAUUGCUGUGAACCCGAUGUUGAUCAGUCUACUAUUGGAACACCAACGAUUACAGAAGUCUAAUAAUUCAGCCCAAAACCUGGUAACUAGUUCCAGUUUGAAUGGUUUUCCAGGAUCCAUUCCCAUGGCAAAUAUUCCUUCUUCAAAGUCUUCAGAGAUCGAUCAAAAAUACUCAGUGAAACCUCAGGUUCCCGGCCAAGCAAUUUCAACGGGAGAUUCUGGAAAAACUCGUAUGAAAUUGCGUGAUCCGCGACUUGCAGCCCGCAUGAACACAUGCCAAAAGAAUGAGUCAUUGGGACCUCUGGAACAAUUAAAAACAUUUGGAGCUCCAUCAUCACUAACCCAGGAUAGCCGGGAGAAUCUAAUUGUUAGACAGCAAAGUGUGCAAGCCCAAGCAAAUUCCGUGCCUUCUGGUGCACCAGACAUCUCUCAGCAAUUCACGAAGGAACUAAAAAGUCUCGCAGAUAUACUCUCUGCCUCUCAAGCACCCUCAGUAGUUCCUCUAACAGUGUCUUCGCCAAUAAUUCCAAUUAAGACUGACACAACUGAGAUGAAAACUGUAGUAACAGAAUCUAAGGAUCAGGAAAGUGGAACUGUAACAGCACCUGUAGAAAGGAUAGUGCAGCCAACACAGAACACGUGGGGAGAUGUUGAACAUUUAUUAGAAGGGUACGAUGAUCAAGAGAGAGCUGCUAUUCAUAAAGAGAGAGCAAGGAGGAUGGAAGAACAGAACACAAUGUUUGCAGCCCGUAAGCUCUGCCUUGUCUUGGAUCUUGAUCACACGCUUCUUAAUUCAGCCAAGUUUGUCGAAGUAGACCCCAUUCAUGAAGAGGUCUUGAGAAAGAAAGAAGAGCAGGAUCGUGAGAAGCCACAUAGACAUCUUUUUCGCUUUCCCCACAUGAGAAUGUGGACCAAAUUGCGGCCAGGAGUCUGGAAUUUCCUUGAGAAGGCUAGCAAGCUUUACGAGCUUCAUUUGUACACAAUGGGGAAUAAGUUAUAUGCCACUGAGAUGGCCAAAGUGCUUGAUCCUAGCGGAGCUUUAUUUGAAGGACGAGUAAUUUCGAAGGGAGACGAAGGAGACCCAUAUGAUGGUGAUGAGAGGCUGCAGAAGAUUAAGGAUUUGGAGGGUGUUCUGGGAAUGGAAUCAAAUGUAGUGAUCAUAGAUGAUUCUGUUAGAGUGUGGCCUCAUAACAAGCUCAAUUUGAUAGUUGUGGAGAGAUACACUUAUUUUCCGUGUAGUAGGCGGCAGUUUGGACUAAUGGGCCCUUCUCUUCUUGAGAUAGACCAUGACGAACGGCCAGACGAAGGAACUCUUGCCUUAUCUUUGGCGGUAAUUGAGAGAGUGCAUCAAAACUUUUUCUCUCACAAGUCCUUAAAUGACUUGGACGUCAGAAGUAUCCUUGCUGCAGAGCAAAGAAAGAUUUUGGCUGGUUGUCGUAUAGUUUUCAGUAGAAUUUUUCCUGUGGGUGAGAUGAAUCCCCAACUACACCCACUUUGGCAGUCAGCUGAACAGUUUGGUGCUGUAUGUUCAACCCAGAUUGACGAACAUGUUACACAUGUAGUUGCCAAUUCUCUUGGAACAGAUAAGGUUAAUUGGGCUUUAAACACUGGGAGAUAUGUUGUCCACCCCGGCUGGGUAGAAGCUUCAACAUUGUUGUACCGAAGGGCGAAUGAGCAUGAGUUUGCUGUGAAAAUAUAAACAGAUCCACCCUCCCAAACUCAGGAAAUGUCAUCCUACACUGGCAAACUGAAAACCCUGUAGAACACACUGGUAGGAUAGGAUCAAUCUGGGAUUGUUAAAGAGGGCUGGCUUGGGUCAAUCUGGUCAAGGCAGGCUGACAUUUGAUACACUUAACUGUGUCCUCCCCUUGGUUAUACCGGUAAGCUAGCCUUUGCACCGGAUACCCUAACUGAAGAAUGACCGGCUUCAGCGAGAUAAUGGUGCAACAUGUGUGUGUGUGUGUGAGAGAGAUAUCAGUGAUUCAGAGUGGUGGUACAUAGGUUGGUCUCAAGGGUUCUUUUGAAAUAUGGUUCGGAGCUUGAACUGGAAGUCUUUCGUACUCCUUGACCAGUGUUAUGAUGAUCUCACGUGAAACAGGGAAUACGGCCUUGCAAUCAUGGGUAAUAUUUUCCAAUGCUUACUCGGGAUGAAGCACCUAGUGUAACAUCACACAUAAAUUAAAGAAAACGGGUAAACAGUCAAGUAGAGACAUAAAAAUGAAGGAAAAACACCUGAAAAAUCGUUAUCUAUAAAUGGCCUCAUAAGAAUGUAAAAAGGGAAACAUUUAUAGAUAAAAAAGGGGAAAGAUAAGGCUCCACUAACCCUGAUUUCUUUGGAACGGUUUGUUUGUGUUUUGGAAAGAAUUGUUUAACAGGGAAAUAUGUGCUGA